AUGUAUUUUUCUCUCUUGAACAUUUCACCCAACCUCAAAGCUUUUCGAAGCAAUCCAUUUUAUAAAUACGACCAACGAGACCCGUCCCAAUUACCCGCUACCAUGCUCUUGUUACAGUAUCAUAAUCUUCUCUUGAAGAGCAUUUUGACCGAGCGGUUGGAGCCGGGUGCCCAGCCUAUUGCCAUUGACCAGAUUGUCUCCGAUUUUGACAAUGUCACUUUCCACAUCUCCACUCCAGAAACAAAGAGCAAAAUCCUCAUCUCCAUGUACAUCAAGUGUGCUCCAGACUUAAAAAAAUACAAUGUCGACAAAAUCAUGAAGCGCGAAUACGGGGCAUAUCUUUUGCCUACUCCGGAAUCUGGCUACAACUUUUCCCUCUUACUUGACUUGCAGGAGCUGCAGAGCCUUGAUGUAACAGAACGUGAAGCUCUGAUUGACAAGAUUUCUUUGCUUAAGCGAACAGCUUUGGCUGCCCCCUUUGAGCGUGCCUUUGAUGAGUUUGACGAAUUGGCAGCUGAUGCUGCCAAGCAAAAUUUGGAAUUGUACGUUCCAGAGGCAUCUAAGGUUGAAGUUUUAGCUAUUCACUAUCGCGAGCAAGAGUCUAUCUUUAUUAAGCCUUCGCACGAUCGUGUGACGGUUAUCUUUUCUACUAUUUUUAAGGACGAAACAGAUCGCAUUUUUGGGCGCGUUUUCCUUCAGGAGUUUGUGGAUGCUCGUCGCCGUGCAAUUCAAAAUGCUCCGCAGGUUUUGUAUUCACAGAAGGAACCUCCUCUUGAAAUUCGCGACCUACCUGGUGUUCGGGCUUCGGACGAUAAUGUCGGCUACGUCACUUUUGUUCUUUUCCCUAGACAUCUCAAGCCCCAGCGUCGUGAGAACUGUAUCAGUCACAUUCAAACCUUCCGCGAUUACUUCCACUAUCAUAUCAAGUGCUCUAAGGCCUACAUGCACUCUAGAAUGAGAUACCGUGUUUCGGAGUUUCUUAAGGUUCUUAACCGCGCAAAACCAGAGAAUGAAGAAACCAAGGAAAGAAAAACCGCGUCAGGACGCAGAUUUGAUACUGUUCGACGAUAA